UCACUUCCUUCAGGAGUGGUUUCUAAGAAUUUCUGAGGGUUUUUUUGUUUUGUUUUAACCAAAACACCAAGUUUGGAUGACCUUGUGAAAAUUGGGACAUUUUCUUGUCUACAGUCCUCCUCUUCAAUUCACUUAAUCUUUCAAAAAUUAUUUCCUAGCUUAUCAUGUCUGCAAAUAUUUUCAGUUCUUUGAAAUAUAUUUAUGCCUGGAGACUUGAAUGCCUUGUACUGAGUAGAGAAUUUCACUUCUAAGUUCCCCCCCAAAAGAGCUCUCUCAAAUGUCUCCUGAAUCAUGGAUUUCAGCUAACUUAUUAAUGUUUAUGCUACCCUUUUUAGUUUGAAAAUUGUUAUCUUGGAGAACAGAAAAGCAAAAAUAUGGGUUUUAAGUAUUCAAUCUUUCUCCUGCCCCCAGGAGUCUUACGGCCCCUGAAUAUUUUGGUGUCUUCAGCCUGUCAAAACGGUGUCAAGAAUGCCUGUCUUAGUUCUGCACUGUCCACCCGGCAUUUUAGUUCUCUGCAGACACCAGUUGUUGCCUCUGCUCCCAGACUUGCCACGUCUGUCAGAAACCUGACGUGUGGACAUACUGCAGCAAUCCUCAAUAGAGCGGCCCCCUUGCUUCCAAAUGUCCUGAAGCUACCAGUCAGAACCGUAACAUACUUCAGUUCACGGAAAGGGAAGAGAAAGACUGUGAAAGCUGUCAUCUACAGGUUUCUUCGACUUCAUUCUGGCCUGUGGCUAAGGAGGAAGGCUGGUUAUAAGAAAAAAUUAUGGAAAAAGACGACUGCAAGAAAAAGGCGCUUGAGGGAAUUCGUGUUCUGCAAUAAAACCCAGAGUAAGCUCUUAGAUAAAAUGACAACGUCUUUUUGGAAGAGGCGAAACUGGUAUGCUGACGAUCCUUAUCAGAAGUAUCAUGAUCGGACAAACCUGAAAGUCUAGAUCAGAAGUUUUAGGACUUCCCAGUUACUGAAUAUGUAUCUUUGUGUAAAUGAUGUCUUUGCAAGAAUGAGUAAGUGUAAAACUUGAUGUAAAUUGUGCCAAUUGGUAUGGAAACAUACAGUUCCAACAUUAAACUUAUUAAAGUUUUAAAACUUAAUGGAUUAAACAUUUCAAAAUUUGUUCAGGGAAAUGAGAGUUUAAAAUUGUUGAUUAUUUUUAACAAAUGGUAAUGGCUUAACUAUUUCCACUUAGGCUUAUCUAGUUGCAAGGAAUUUGAAGUUAGAGCAGGCAUAAGAAGACUGAAAGCCAACAAGUUACCUCAAGCAGUGUGACAUUAUUUGAAGGAUGUGUGCCUGGGAACUCAGGAACCGUCUCACCAGCUCCAUCCCCCUCCCAGAAAUAACCCCCAGGUCUCAGGAACGAACAGAAAUUGUAGGGUGUUCCAAGAUCCAAGGCACCUCUAAGGGCCUCAGGAGCAAAAGAUGCUAGAUUUUUAGGGUCGGGGGUCUGCCAUGCAUGUGACUCAGUUUCUGCCCCCAUCAUAAUCCUAGCUCAUACCUUUCGGGUUGUUUUCUGCAUCCUAACCCUCAGCUCCCAUCUCCAGGCUCCAGUUGCCAAGAGUCUCUAACUGGGCCAGCUUAUCUCUUUACACCAGGUCUUCUCAGGGGUCAUUGACCGGUGUCAGGAGCCCACCCUGCCUCAGUUGGUUGUGUUAGCAGGUUCACAUGGAGCAGUUUCGCUUAGAGGUGAGCUUGGGGUUGUAGCACACAUCUAGUAUGCUAGGCUUAUUGGUUCAUAACAGUUCUCAGUUUAUUGGAACAGGAUUUUUAUAGGGAGAAGAGUAAAUCAAACAGCCUUUCUGUAUGCCCAUUCAUGAAACAGAAGAGGCUUUACACGUGAGGACAAAAACGUCUUAUUCAAGAGUUGAAAGGUACUGUAUUUUCUAAAAGAUGACUUAUCUACCAGAGAUUUCAUGUUUUUAAUUGUGAGGAUAAACAUUUUCCAAAGGCACAUUGUAGACACUAAGCAAGAGUUAAGCAUUGUUCAUUUGAAGAGGGCUGGGUAAGAGGCAUUAAGGAAAAUUCUCUUCACCAUGUGGUUAAAGCUAGGGCAGUGGUUCUGAGCUGUCCCAUCAGAGUCAUCUGGGAAGCAUUUUCCAACAAGAGAGCACUUGGCCUGGUUGAAAAACCACUGUAGAUCUUAACCAACUUACGAUGGGGUUACACCCCAGUAAACCUAUUGUAAAUUGGAAAUAUUGUUAAGUCAAAAACGCAUUUAAUACACCUAAGCUACCAAACAUCGUAGCUUGGCCUAACCUACCUUACAUGUGCUCAGAAUACUUGCAUUAGCUUACAGUUGAGCAAAAUCAUCUAACACAAAGCCUAUUUUAUACUGAAGUGUUGACUGUCUUGUGUUUAUUGAAUUCUGUACCAAAAGUGAAAAACAGAAAGGUUGUGUGUGGGUGAGGAUGGUUGUAAGUCUAUCCGUUGUUUACCCUUCUGAUCACGUGGCUGACUGGGAGCCUCGGCUCGUUCCCACUGCCCAGCAUCACGAGAGAAUAUCUUACCACAUAUCACUAGGCCAGGAAAAGAUCAAAAUCAGAAUUUUUAAAAGUACGGUUUCUACUGAAUGUGUGUUGUUUCACACCAUCAUAAAGUUGAAAAACCUAAGACCGUCGUGAGUCACGGACUGUGUCUAUUAAUUAGAAUUCUGCCUCAAUUACUAUUUCAAAUCCUUUAAUAGUUGAUGAUAAGAUGAAGUUUCUCUAUUGUUAAUAGAAUAAGGUUAAAGAUAACCAAGUUGAAAUUCUGUGGCAAGUCAGGAGAGGAACUUCUUGAAACCAGUGCAUGUUCCUUAAAAGGAAGAGGGGUGACAAUAGAGUGUUCCAAAACUAGAAGGCCACCUGUAUGUCUGUUUAUGUGACCAAUUAAUAAAGAGCAGACAUUUGAUUGGAGAUGAGGUAAGACUGCAGCAUGCAGUGGCAUUCUGUUUUGAUGGGUUUUCAUUUUCUUGUAACUUCUGAGAUGGCAGAAUCUAAGCACUUCAAGGUUUCCACAUCACUUCUUACCCAUCCAGCUCCUGCCUCCACUCACCCCUGGUAGCAGGAUGGAACUGGUACCUGAAGAAGUUGAGGAGGAGGCCACUUUCCCACUGCCUCUGUGACUUCGCUAGUACAAAUACAGACAACAAAGCUCUCAGUUAUAGGGGCCUCAGAGCACCUUGGUUUUUCCCGUAGACCCAGGGUAGGAGGGGUAGAGACCAGAACCAGCAACCAGACCUCAGCAUCCAGACACGGAUUGAGGUGUAAGGGCUGCCACACAUGUGAUUUCGGAGAAAGGGAAUUUUCGUGUAUAUGACUUUUGUUUUAUGGGUAGCAGGGCUUAUCAUCCACACUGAUUUUAUACUCUGACAACCAAACAUCUUUCAUUAAAGAGCCUACUGAAAUGGCACCGAACUUUAUGUGAAGGUAUAAUUUAUUGAAUACCAACUGCAUUCCAGCAUAGGGAUGGGCAUAUACAUACAAAACUGAAUCCUCAUUCCAACUUUGCAGGGGAGGUUUUUUCUUUAAGUUUAUUUAUUUUUUUAGUAAUCUCUGCACCUGUUGUGGGACUAGAACCCACGACCAUCAGAUCAAGAGUCUCACACUCUUCCAACUGAGCCAGCCAGGUGACCAAGGGAGAUACUUUUUAAUCCCUGGUUUAGAUUUGAGGAAACUCCAGCUUAUAGAAGGUUAAAUAAAUUACCCAAAAUACAGCUAAUAAGUCACAGAACCUAGGUCUAACUUCCUGGAAUCCUAUGCAUUUCCUGGAGUCUUUUAACGUGAAAAUUCAUAUCUAAAUUAAGUGACUGUGACCUAGUAGUAUAAAUACUAAAUACUUAUUCAUGACACUGUACCAAGUCAGCCUUUGCUUUUCUGUUAUUUGUCAGUUCUUCACCUGGUUAAUCUCAGUUCUGUUGCCAUUGGACUUGGCUCAAUAAAUGAAUAAAUGAA